CUGUCAUUCAUCGGGCCUGUCAUUCGAAAUGUGUACGCGCGGUUACUGGAUGUGGGGUCUGUCUCGUCGUGUGAGCCUUCCAGGAGGUUUCCGAUAUGGUCCCAGACGCCCACUAGGAGUGCAUAGAUACCUCUGCAACUUUCCUCAUUCUCCUAGGAUCUGCAUAAUUGGAAGUGGCCCUGCCGGAUUCUACACUGCUCAACAUCUACUAAAGCAUCACUCAAAGCUUCUUGUGGAUAUAUAUGAAAAACUGCCAGUGCCCUUUGGCUUAGUACGUUUUGGUGUGGCACCUGAUCAUCCUGAAGUAAAGAAUGUUGUUAACACAUUUACUCAGACAGCCAAAUCUGAGCGGUGUGCAUUUUAUGGCAAUGUAACAGUUGGGAAAGACAUAACACUGGAAGAGCUGCAGGCUGCUUAUCAUGCUGUUGUGCUGAGCUACGGGGCUGACAGUAAGCGUGAGCUUGGGAUACCUGGAGAAGAGUUACCUGGAGUGUACUCUGCAAGAGACUUUGUUGGCUGGUACAAUGGACUCCCUUCUCAAAGACAUCUUAACCCAGAUCUCAGCAAUGAAACAGCAGUUAUUUUAGGACAAGGAAAUGUGGCUCUUGAUAUUGCUAGAAUUCUGCUAUCUCCUAUUGAGCUUCUGAAGAAGACAGACAUCACGCAGUCUGCUUUGGAUGCUUUGGUUCACAGCCGUAUUAGGACAGUUUGGCUGAUAGGGCGACGUGGGCCCCUGCAAGUGGCCUUCACCAUAAAGGAGCUCAGAGAAAUGCUACAGCUGCCUGGUACUCGUCCAAGGCUUGACCCUUCCGAUUACCAGGGGCUUGGAGACAUUGCUAAAGACCUUCCCCGACCCAGAAAGCGCCUCACAGAGCUUUUGGUAAAGUCAGCUUUAGAAAAGCCUGCAGCUAAGGAUUGUGCACGCUGGGACCAAGCCAACAGAGAAUGGGGCCUGUACUUCUUAAGAAGUCCGAUCCAAGUUCUUCCUUCUAAGGAUGGAAGAAAAGCAGCAGGAGUCCGUCUUUCCAUCACAAGGCUGGAGGGUACUGGCGAUACUGCAGUUGCUAUUCCCACAGGCCAGGUGGAGGAUAUAUCGUGUGGACUAAUUCUCAGUAGCAUUGGCUAUAAGAGUGUCCCCAUCUCCCCAGCAGUGCCUUUUCUUUGUGAACAGGGAAUAAUUCCAAACUGUAUGGGUAGAGUAACGGGAUAUCCAGGUCUGUACUGCAGUGGUUGGGUAAAGAGAGGUCCCACUGGUGUCAUUACAACCACAAUGACAGAUAGUUUUGAGACAGCACAAGCCAUGCUAGAAGACAUAAAUUCAGGAGCUCUUAGCUGGUCAGACCCCAAACCAGGAGCUACAGCAAUAAAAGAACUAAUUACUCUCAGAGGGAUUCAGUCGAUCUCUUUCUCUGACUGGCAAAAGAUUGAUUCAGUAGAAACUGCAAGGGGUCAGAAAAUUGGGAAGCCUCGGGAAAAAAUUCUAGAUCCAGAAGAAAUGUUAAAAUUCGCUUGUCAUUAAUUUUCCGAUUUCUCUUUUUUAAUGAAAGAUGUGGGUGCAAAACCAAAAACUGUAUUCCAGUCUAUGACUGGAUUGUGAAACAUUAAUUUCUGUUAACAUAUUACUGUAAUAGAGCCUUCAUUAAUGUGAAACUUUAUUUUUAUUUACUGAGGGUGUUUUGUGCCCAUAAACUUUAGACUUUUUCA